AUGAGUGUGGAGAAACUGCAAGGUGUGACUGAUUAUAGAGGAUGGAGAAGGUCCAUGGAAAUAGCCCUAUCUGCAAAGAGGAAGCUAGGGUUGGUUACUAGAGCAGUAAAGAAGGAAGAGAAUGAUGAAGAAAGGGCAGAAAUGUGGAACACCUGCAAUGACAUAUAUUUGAUAACUAUUGAAGCAAGAAAAUAUCAGUUGAAUAAAAAUGUUUAUGAUGCAAAACAAAAUAGUAUAAGUGUGAAUGAAUAUUAUACCUAUAUGCAAGGCAUAUGGGAAGAACUAGACUCAUUGAAUGUUUGGCCAAUUCUAUCUGUUGUGUCUGAACAAAUGCAAGGUUUCUUAGAUGUGUUGAAUAAGCAAAAGGAUGAGCAAAAGUUGUUUCAGUUUCUCACUGGUCUGAAUGAAACAUAUAACACUCAAAGGAGCCACAUAUUGAUGAUGACUCCUCUCCCUAGUGUAGAAAUGGUGUGCUCUAUGAUUCAGCAAGAAGAGAGUCAAAGGGAAGUGUGCAUGAGUGAGAAAAAUGAACUUGAAAUAUCUGCCAUUUGUAGGGUACCUAAAUGGCAUCCAAAACACAAAAAUUAUGGUGGAAACAUGAAUAAUAAUAGAGGUAGAGAGCAAGGAGGGAGCACUGGGACUAGCAUCAGUGCACAGAAAUUGGAACAAUUGUUGAAACUUCUCCCUAGUGGAAGCAAAAACUUGGGUGUGCCUUCUGAACCAGAAGAUGAUUUUGAACAUGGAUUUGCAAAUAUGGUAACAUGCUGUCACGCCACAAGCAUUGAGAAUGAAUGGAUUAUAGACUUAGGUGCUUCUGACCAUAUGACAGGAGACUUGAGUGUACUUAAGCAUCCAAAGGAGAUCAAAUGUGGGAAUAAGAUCAAUUUUCCAAAUGGGUUGACUUUUGAAAAUUUUAUGGGAGCAUGCAGAGUUGAAACAAGAGGCAAACACAGGUACUUUCUAACUAUUGUAAAUGACUGCUCUAGAAACACUUGGGUGCACCUGCUCGAAGAAAAGUUAGAUGCAUUCAAGGCCAUUGAAGAAUUUAUUUUGAUGGUCGAAAACCAAUUUAACAAAACAAUGAAAAUUGUCAGGUUAGACAAUGGGAUGGAAUUUGAGGACCAUAGGUCUAAAGCACUGUUUGGUGCACUUGGCAUUGUGCAUCAGACAAGGUGUGUGGGAAGACCACAGCAGAAUGGAAGAGUGGAAAGGAAUCUUUGCAAUAUUUUGGAGAUGGAAAGAGCAUUAAGGUUCCAAGCUGGCCUUCCCUUGCAAUUUUGGGGAGAUUUUGUGCUUACUGCUGCUUAUAUCACAAACAGAGUACCCACUCCAAUCCUGCACAAUAAAACCGCUUAUGCAAUACUCCACAACACCAAACCUGAUUAUUCACAAAUGAAAGCAAUGUUUGUGUCUAGAGAUGUCAAAGUCCAGGAAUCCAUUAACCCGUAUCACCUAAAAUCCUACUCCAUUCCUAAACCUAACCCUAUCCCACCUGUGCCUUCCCCACCUCCAUCUCCCUUACCUGGUGCACCACCAAUCCUUUCUCACCCUCUUCCUCGCAUUAAUAGAUGGCUCUUCCAUUUUUUUAAAUGCCAACAUAGAUUAAAUGUAGAUGUGAAUUUGGUUCUAUGUCAUUAUCAAGAUGAUGUAUCUGGUUUUGUGAUAUGUGACAGCAGCAAGGAGAAGAGAGCUAUAUUUCGAUUGUUUGCUGUGUUGUGA